UGCAGUAAGCAACCAGGUGCUUCUGAAUGUUGGAGGAAUGGCACCCUCCAGAUCAAAGGCCCAGAAGAGAGGUGUCAGGACAAAGAAAGCAGGUAAGGAGAAAGCUUCUCAUUCUGAGAAGAGCCUUCCUGAGGAUUCCAGAGUCCAAGAUGGGAGACCCAGGAAAAGAAAGGGCAAUGGCCAGGCUACAUGCAAAGACAGUUCUUCUGAACAAGGCACAGUCCCUGAAACCACAUGUGUGACAGGUGCCUCAAAGAGCCAGAGAGAAGAAAGGGUUAAGGGAGGCAAAGAGAGUGGCCACAGGCAUAAAAGCAAAGAGGACAGAGCCUCCAAGAGCAGUAACAGAAGAGAACUUGGUUCUGGUGGAAAAGAUGGAGAGCAAUUAUCAUCCAAGGUGGAAAAGAGAAAAGCAAGGGUCUCCAAGCGCCAUGGUCUGGGAUUAGGCCAAGGAAACCAGGCCAGUGUUUGCAAUGAGGAAAAGGCCACUGAGGACAGCAAGAAAUGUCAUUGUAAAAGGAAACACAGAGAGCACCUUACUCAAACCGAAUGUGUCAUUGAAGCUGAACCUAUAAAGUCCUUCACAGUGGGAAGUGAAGCCUCUUCACAGAAACACAAGUUGCCUUCAAGCAGCAGCCAUGCCAGUACUGGGAAAAAAUAUGAUAGGAAAUGUUUCUUCAAAGAAACCACUGACAAAAAGUCAGGUUCCCAGCUACAGAGGAGUUGUGAGCUUAGCUCCAAGGCAGCAAAGAGUAAGGGUGAUGGGCACAAGAAGAAACAAGGUGGGAAACCAGCCAAGCCUAUUUCCAGUGCCAGUGAGGAAGAAAAGACCCUGGAAAGCUCAGAGGAUGAAUCUCAUUCUGACUGGAGCCAAGAAAAAAGAAAAAGAACUACUGACAAUAUCACUGAAACCAGUGAAGACCAGGGAGGCUCAUCAGAGGAUGAAUCUUCUAGUGAAGAAGAGGAAAUCCAGCCUUCAUCCAAAGGAAAAGACUGCCAAGAGCCACAGGAUGCAAAUAGCGAUGUGACCAGUGAAAGAGAACAGGUGGUGGUGGGCCAAAGAAGAGAGACUGAAGAUGAAGAAACUGACUCUGAAGAGGCUGAGGUUGGUGGGGAAAUGAAGGAGCUGGAUCCAGUGCCUGUGCAGAAAAAAUCUACCGUAAGUGUCAGCAGUGAAGAUGGUGGUACGAGUAUUUCAGGGUAUGAAGUCAAAAGCUCACCAGAGGGAAGAAAUGAGAAUGAUGGUGAAGAACGGGAAGAUCAAUUGGGAAAGGACAACAAUGAAGAAGUGCCUGAAGAUGAGCAAGAUGCAUCAGAAAGUGAUAAGAAGGAUGGCACUGAAGAAAAAGAUGCCCAAGAGCAGGAGAACCCAAGAAAAAAACCUCUACCUAGUACCAUGAAAGCAACGCUCCUGAAUGUUGGCUUGAGCAAACCCCUCCAGGAAAAUGAGCAGGGAGGGAAGGUGCAUGACAGUGACAGCAUGGUAAAAGUCAAGCCUGCAUCAGUCACACAACAGGCACGCCUGAAAAAGAAAUCCCGGAGGCUGGAGACUGCAAAACACCAUCAGGAGUUAGGAGGUAUAAAUCAGGGUAAUUCUUCCUCUGGUUGCAACAAAGAGGAAGAAGCAGUCACUUUGAUUGCGAAGAAGUAUAGUCAUCUUGCUUUCCAAUCCCAAAUCCUCCUGAAUCUGAAGAACAAGCAUAAAGAUGCUCAGGCCAAACUGUUAGUGAGUAGUAAACAGACUCCUCUCCAGAAGGCAGCAGAAACCAGCACUGACCUGGAGAAGGUGGAAAGCUGUUCUAAAACCAGUGCCCCGAAAUCCCUCAGGGCACGAAGGAAACCCAGCCUGGCAAAGAAUCUAGGAGAGGCAAGAUCAAGUCUUUCCAAUGCUUCAACCUGUUCCUCUAGUACUAAAGCCUCAUCUGAUAAGCAGCAUUUUGGAAAGACAGAGAGGAUUGGGAAAGUUGUUGGCAAGGUCAAGCUGGCUUCAAGCCAGACAGUAGUAGUGAGAGAAGAGGUAGAAGAGGAAGUGGUUGAAGAUGCACCUGCUGAAAAAGAACAUGUGCUGAAGCAAAAGGGACCCAAGUACCCACACAAGCUUUCUGCUUUUAAAAGAGUAACCAGCUGGCUCAGUCUAAAGUCUCUCAAGAAAGUAAGCCUGAAAGCUCGUUUUUUGAGAGUGGCACGUGCAAUUGGCAUCUCAGGCUGGCUCUUGAAAAGGUUUGGGAAAAAGAAGAGGAGCAGCAAGCCAUUUGGGUUUAGGAGGAGGAUGGCAAUCAGGAUUGUUAGCACUGCCAGGCUGGUCAGUAGGCAUAGUAGAGCUUCCAUGGAGUUAGUGGGAGCACAGGCAAAAAGAGAACUGAGUAACAAAGGAUCUUCUUGGUCACACGUAGAACAGGAUCAAGCUGGUGUCCAAGUGGCAGCGGGACUGGCCCAAGCAGAGUUGGUGUCACGUGACUCUCCCCUUAAUGAAGCCAGUUCCUCUCUGCAACUGCUAAAUUUGGAUGAGGAAGAGAAGAACAUCCCUGAUGCCAAGUUUGCCAUAGUUUUUCCCAGAGUCCAUCACAUGGUAAAGUCAAAAGGCUCCUCUUCAGACAGCUGUGGGAAUGGCGACCCACAACAGAAGUCAGUGGAUGCUUUGAGCAGGAAGGCAGUGAUGUCUGUGCAGCCAGGCUGUAAUUUUAAACGUGAUCUUCCCAAGCCUUUAACAGAGCAAAGCUGCCAAAAGAGUGGCCGAGGGCUCUCCUGCAGUGAUGAAAUGAAUGAAUCAAUGCUGGAUGAUCGAGCUCAAGUGGAAUCCAUUGCAACACAGUACAGAGUGACCAGGCUUUUAAGCUCCUCAUCCCAACUGAUAAAAACACCAGAGGGUAAGACUACUUCCACAUCUCAAUUCUCCACAAAGGAGCAAGCUUUGCAAUUGCAACAGCAGGCCACUAAACCGUCCUUCUCUCUAGAGGCAGAUGAAGAUUUUUGGUACUCACGGGGCUUUCUUCCACGGGACGAUGAUGGUGAUUCAGGGCAUCUGGGGGCCUCUCCCCGUGAGGGUGAUGCUGACAAAGAGGUUGCAAGCUUCAUUCAGGGUGCUGGGACUGAAGCUACUACCCGGGUGCAUUGGACUCAGCGGCAAAGUCUGGGCUGCGAUCCCAUGACAUGGCUGAACUCUGAGAUGCUGCUCCCACGAAUCACCAUUGAGAACCUCAGCAAAUGGGCUAUGUACAGGGACCAGGAACUGGCCAAGACCCAGAUGCCAAGGGCUUGGAAGGAGAGGUGGGAGGCAGAAGACGUGGCUGAGGAUAUGCUUGAGAUGGAAUUCACACGGAAACAGGUGUACUUGGGUGAAGGUCACACUUUGGAACUAGAGGAGGUUGAAGAUCUCUCCAGACUGGAGGAUGUCUGUGAGAGCUCAGUUCUUCUGUGUCUGAAGAAGAGAUUUCAUCGCAAUUUCAUCUAUACCUAUAUUGGGCAGAUCUUGGUCUCUGUGAAUCCUUUCAAACCCCUCAAUCUCUACUCAGAAGAAGUGAUGGCUCAGUACCGGCAAGAGAUGCUCUCCAAAAAUGCUCCGCACAUCUUUGCUAUUGCAGAAAUGGCUUAUACACUGGCUCAGACAGCAGAGAAAGAGCAGUGCAUCGUUAUCAGUGGGCACAGUGGAUCAGGUAAAACAGAAGCUGCCAAAGCCAUCGUGCAGUACCUAACCACGAUGUACCAAAGACAAGAUGGCCAUAGACUCAAGCAGCCCUGUGAGGUCCUGCCCAUCUUGGAGAGCUUUGGGAAUGCCAAAACCAUCCUCAACGACAACUCGAGCCGCUUUGGGAAAUUUCUGCACGUCCAUCUGAGGCAUGGGGUCAUGGUGGGUACGUCCAUCUCCCAGUAUCUUCUGGAAAAGUCCCGGGUUGUGUUUCAGGCCCAUGGCGAGAGGAGCUACCAUGUAUUUUAUGAGUUGCUGGCAGGGCUGCCCAUGGAGCAGAAAGAGCAGAUGUACCUGCAGGAGGCAGAGACUUACUUCUACCUGAAUCAGGGCAGAGCAUGCAACCUAUUGGGGAAGCAGGACGAUCAGGACUUUACAGCCUUGGUGCAAGCACUGCAGGGGAUUGGCCUCUCGGAUGAUGAGCUGACCUCUAUCUGGGCAAUGCUGGCUGCUGUUCUGCAGCUUGGGAACAUCUGUUUUACCUCCUGUGAGAAAGGAUCCUUUGAACUUGCAGCCAUUCCCAGUGACACAGAAAUCCGGAUUGUGGCCAACUUGUUGCAUGUCUCAGCAGAUCUCCUGCAAAGUGCCAUCACUCAUCGGGUCACUGCAACAUCCUAUGACCGGAUAUUCACCCCUUUGUCUGUAGAAGGUGCCAUCGAUGCCAGGGAUGCCAUUGCCAAGGCUGUGUAUUCCCUGCUCUUCGACUGGCUCCUGGAGAAGAUCAAUGAAUGGCUAGCCCCUCAGGAGAUGGACAGCACUGUGGGCAUUGUUGACAUAUAUGGCUUUGAGGAUCUGGGGGUGAACAGUUUGGAGCAGCUAUGCAUCAACUUUGCCAAUGAGCAUCUCCAGCACUUCUUCAGCCAGACAGUUAUUGCCCAGGAAGAGGAGGAGUACACCCAAGAAGAGCUAGUCUGGAUUCCCAUUUCCAAGACUCACCAAGAGUCAUGCCUGGAUCUGAUUGCUUCAAAGCCCCAUGGUAUCUUGCGCAUCCUGGAUGACCAGACUUCAUUGACCCAGGCCACUGACCAUACCUUCCUCCAGAAGUGUCAUUACCAUCAUGGAAACAGUCCUUUGUACACCAAACCCAAACUGCCAUUGCCAGUCUUCACUGUGCGGCACUAUGCAGGUCCUGUCACCUACCAGGUCCACAAGUUCUUGAAUAAAAACCAUGACCAACUACGCUCAGAAGUCCUCGAUAUUUUCUCCCAGAGCCGCCUCAAGCUUGUGUCCAAAAUUUUCCAGAGGGCCAAAAAUCAUCACAGCCAGUACAGGGAGCUGGGAACAAAGGGCAAAGGGCUCAAGCAUCCAGCCUCAACCCUGGUGUCCAGAUUCCAUCAGUCCCUACUGGAUCUCACGGCCAAGCUGGGAAGGAGCCAUGCUUUCUUUAUUCGAUGCAUCACACCCAAUUCAAAAAAGUUGUCAAACAUCUUUGAUGUGGAAUAUGUCACUUGUCAGCUGAGGCAUUCCGGGAUACUGGAGGCCAUCCAUAUCAGGAAGGAAGGAUACCCUAUCCGCAUCCAAUUCCAGCCCUUCUUAGUCAGGUAUGGGACUCUGGGUGGACCUACACAGAGCAAUUUGCAGGAGAGGGACGACUGCAUCGCAGUGCUGUCGCGUGUGGUGGGGGACGCCUCAGAGCUCUAUCAGAUCGGCAUAACGAAGCUCCCUAUGAGUAGCCUCUGGUAUGAAGAGCAGCAAAGGCUCCAGGGAAUUCAGGGUAAAGUUGAGGUUCUACAAACAUUGCUGCCUGUUAUAGGUACUGCCUGCUCUUCUUGGCCCUUAGCAGUUGUUUCCUCUGGCCAGGUCUUCCUGAAGGAGAAGGCCAAACAGCUACUGGAGAGACGGUGGAAGCAGAAGCAGAGCUGGGCCAUUGUCACCCUCCAGCGGAGGCUCCGAGGCCUCAUCAGCCGUAGGCGUUUUCAGGUCCUCCGACAGAAGGUCACAGUCAUCCAGGCUCAUUUCAGAGGUCACCUAGCAAGGAAACGCUACAAGCGACUGAAGAAGAUGCUGGUGCAGUUCAGGAGAGCAGUUUUAAUCUCCAGGCCUUUGGUGCAAAGAAGGAAGCACUGCCAGAGGCGUGAGGAAGAGAGCAAGAGUGACACCUGCUCAGGAAUGGAUGUGUCACUGCUGGAGAUCCCUGCAGAGCUUGCCGCCCUCCUGCAUUCGGCCAGCGGUCAGCAGUAUGCCCAGGCCAGCCAGAUCACUGAGGUGUCCCCUCCAGAGGUCAAGGCCAGGAGCGACCUCUUCCUCCCACCGAACAUCAAUGAUUAUCCCUUUUCCUCCUUUGCGAGGUCUCACUUCCAGGAGCUGAGCUUUCCUGCCCUUGGUCAGCCCCUGCAGCACCCUGUAACCCGUCUGGAGCCUGAGUACAAGCAGAGCACCCUGGAGAUCAACAAACUGAUUCUGCGGUUCCUUGCGGACCAGAACCUCCAGGACUGGCAAGAGGUGCUUCUGGGUAACUACAUCACCAGCCGAGGGUUGAGAGCUCCUGUCCUGCGCAAUGAGAUCCUGAGCCAGGUGGCCACCCAGAUGUGGAAGAACCCAGAUGGGGAGCAGUGCCAGCGAGGCUGGGUCCUGAUGGCUGCUCUCCUGAGUGCCUUUACCCCUCUGCCAGCACUGGACAAGCCCUUGCUGAAGUUCGUUUCAGACCAUGGGCUGGAAGGCUACAAUGCCAUCUGCCAGCGCAAGAUCCUCACAGCAAUGCAAGAGACAGAGAUGGUCCCUGAGGUGUCCCGUGUGCACCCCCCAACCCAGCUGGAGUGGACUGCCAACCAAAGGAAAGGGAAGAUGGUGCUGGAUGUCUUCACCUACAGUGAGGAAAAGUUCUCUGCUGAGGUGGAGUCCUGGACAACAGGGGAACAGUAUGCAGGUUGGAUUCUGAGCACAAGAGGCUUGGACAAGGUCCCUCGAGGAUGGUCUGUGUCCGUAUUCACAGGAGACACUUGGCAGGACCUGCUUGGCUGUGACUUCGUGCUGGAUGUCAUUGGAGAGAUGGAGGGGACUGGUUGGCCCUCUCUAUCCUCAUCUGAUUAUCCCAUCAUGCCUGAGGGGGACAGGAGCUUUCAUCAGAGCGCCUUUCUGGAUACGAUUCCUCCUGCACCAGGGAUCCAGGCUCCCUCUUUCCCUCCGCCCUCCCUGUCUCCUGACUUUAAUGGCCCGGAAAGCCCCUACUCAGGCAGAAGUGACUUCAGAUUCCCCAGAGCCUUGGACCACUAUGUGGAUGAUCUGUUCAAACCAGUGCUCUACCAAGGGCCCAGAACACCAAAUAUGGAGAGCGGAGGGAAUCUAACUGAACGCAUGAAAGGAGGAGGGAAGAUUGGGCCAACCCAGCAAACAGCCUUUCCUACUGCAGGUUACCCUGGAAUCAUGCAAGUACCUGCAUACCAGCCCAUGCCAAUGAUGGGUGGAAUGAUGCCAGCACCCAUGCCAAUGAUGCCAUCUAUGGGUGGGAUCACACCUAUGCCAGCCAUGGUUUUGCCUCAGCCCCAGCCGGUGGUCCCAUCUGUAGACCCUAAUCAGAUAGCUGCACAACAGCAGGCCUUUAUCAACCAGCAUGCCUUGCUCAUGGCACAGCAGAUGACCCUGCAGGCCAUGACCAUCUCCCAGGAACAACAGCGGCGGCAGCGGCCAAGGUCUCCUGAGCCCUCAAGGUCAAGACAAGCCAAAAUCCCAUCACCAGCUCCAGUGCCAGCACCAGCGCCAGCUCCUGCUCCAACUCCAGCACCUAAACCCACCAAAUCCAGCAGCAACCAGAAUGCUGAGCCACCACAGUCCCUGCCAGAGGCCACAACAUCGAUCUACACCUACUUGGAUGCCUCAGACAGUAAUGAGGGCACCUUGCCUCUAGAGACCUUCCAGCAGAAGAGAGAGUACUUCCAGAGAAUGGGGCAGCAAAAGAUCUUUGUGAAGAAGGUCAGACCCCCUCCCACAAAGCCACAGCCAAAUGAGGCACCAAAGGCAACGGCCUCCAGUCCGCAACCAGAGGCAGUCCCUGCACCCCCCUUGCCAACUCCCAUUCAGAAGCCAGAAAAACCAGUCACUAAAGCAAACAAGGAGCCUGGGGUGAAGCAGUCGGGGCCAGUGCCCAAGGCCAAGCCCAGCCGGGAGAUCCGCAACAUCAUCAAGAUGUACCAGAGUAGGCCAGCCCCAGAGCCACAGCCCACUGAGCUCUUGAGGACAUCCAAGCCCUUUAUAAAGAAGAAUGACCCCAAGAAUGAAGCUCUGGCAAAGUUGGGGAUAGCAACGUAUCAGCCUCCUGACUCACUGACAGCUUUGGCACCAGAGAAUAGCCACAAGGGAGUGCCACCACCACCACCACCUCCCAAGUCCAACUCCAUCCGGGAAAAGCAGCUACCGCUCAUGAAUAUCUUUGGCCAGCCGCCAACCUCUCCCCCAGGUUCUCAGAUCCCUCCGCCUCCCCCUGGUCUGCCCCCACCUCUUCUGUUUGCAGAUCCAGCCAAGCAGGAGUCUGAGCUGAGAGGCUCUGCCCGGACCAUAACAGAAGAUGAUGCUAGCAUCAAGACCCAGCUCUAUAAGCUCACUGCCAGUGUCAGCUUCUCCUAUACCAAUGUCGCCUGGAAAAUCUUCCUACGCAAAGAGGUGUUUUACCCCAAAGAAAACUUCAGUCACCCCUAUUCUCUGAACCUCCUGUGUGAGCAGAUCAUUCGAGACACUUACUCUGACUCCUGCUUUCGGAUCUCCAAGGAGGAGAGGCGGAAAAUGAAAGACUUGUUGGCGGAGUUCCAGGUUGGCCCGGAUGCCAGCUCCAUUCUGGAGGAUGGAUUCAAGAAGAGGAUCGUGGUGGCUGCUCGAGAUAACUGGGCCAACUACUUCUCCCGCCUCUUCCCAGUUCAGGGCGAAAAUGGAAGCGAUGUCCAGAUCCUGGGGGUUUCUCACCGGGGCCUCCGGCUGCUGAAGAUAGUAAAAGCAGCUGGAUUUAGCCCUGAACACCUGAAGAUCCUUUGCAGCUAUAGUUUUGCAGACAUGAUGUCCGUAGAGCUGAAGGGCAGAAACACCCUGGAGUUCUCACUGAAGAAUGAGCAGCUGAUCCUGCACUCGACAAAAGCUCAGCAAGUCAAGGCUAUGGUGGAGCUCUUCCUCCAGGAGCUGAGGCAGGACUCCAACUACGUUGUCGCUCUGCGCAGCUACAUCACAGAUGACAAGAGCCUGUUGAAUUUCAAGAAAGGCGACAUCAUCAAGUUACUUCCCAUUCAUGGGUUGGAGCCAGGAUGGCUGUUUGGCUCCAUUGGCGGCCGGUCCGGCCUCUUCCCUGCCAACUUGACGCAGCUGGCAGCAGUCCCUGAUUACCUCAGUGCCAGCAUGGAGAGAAUCGAGGGUGUGCGGAAGAGCCCGAGGAGUGACUUGCGGGGGAAGAGUGUCCGCAAGGAGAGCUUUGCCUCCAGCCUGUCAUUGGAAACCGCCACCACUGCCACCUUCCCUGCUGCUGAUAACUACACCAUGGUGGACUUUGCCCUGGCUCACUUCCGGGAGAUCCAGACCUCGUUGGGAUGGAAGGGGAUGAGUGCAGAGAAGAGAAGCAUCGCUGUCCUGGUCCAGUACACCAAGGUCCCAAUCCAGGAGCCGCUGCUCCCCUACUCUGACACAGAGCUGAAUGAGCUGGCUACAAAGAAUUUCAUGACUUUGAUGCGCUUCAUGGGAGACCAGCCAAAAGUCAAGAACCAGGACGAGAUUGAUUACUGCUAUGAAAUUCUUCAGCUCUGCAAAGAGAAGGAGAACCUGCGCGAUGAGAUUUACUGCCAGGCCAUCAAGCAGGUCACCCAGAACCCCAAGCCGGAAAGCUGUGCACGUGGCUGGAUACUCCUGGGCCUGCUUGCUGGCUACUGCCUUCCCUCAAGCAUCUUCAUGCCCUACGCAACCAAAUUCUUUCAGCAAGCCAGCUCUGAUACAUCCAGCAUACACCAAGAAAUAGCCAGCACCUGCCAGGGCAACCUGCGGAAGACGGUUAUGUAUGGGGGCCGCCGGCAUCUGCCCUUCCGUGUGGAGAUGGAAGCACUUCUGAAGGGGCAUGGGUCCCGCCGGCUGGUGAUCUUCCUGCCUGGAGUCCUGGAAUAUGGCACCAAAAUCCGGACAUUCACUGUGGCUGCAGACUUGGUGCAGGAGAUCUGUGAGCAGAUGGCGGUCAGCGAGACGCAGGAAAUCAAGGAGUUUGCUCUUUUUGCCACUAAGGACAAUGGGAAGGUGGCCAAGGCAAUCCGUCCAGAGGAGUACAUCCAUGACUAUCUGCUAGAAGACACUUCAUUGAAACUGAAGAUCCGCAGGCUCACCUGGAAAACCCCACUGCACUUUGAGAACGAGGUUUACAUCAGCCUCCAUUAUGGCCAGGUUCUGUCUGAUUACUUGACUGGGAAACUGCUGCUGAACUACAGCAAUGACCUGGAGAAGCAUGUGGGCACCUUGGCACUGUUUCAGCACUGGGCCAAGAGAGUGGACUUACCACCCUCCAAGGAGGCGAUAAUGGAGUACACCCCAAAGCAAGGGCUUCCACCCAUCAACAUGCAGAAUCUCCAAACCACUGUCAAGCAGCUCCUGGUAACCACACGGCCACUUGACCCAAAGGAGGCAAAAAUCCAUUUCAUAGAGCAUGUGGUCCAGCUACCACUCUUUGGCUACAACAUUUACACUGUGGAGAGGACCAGUGACCAGAGGAUCCCUGUACCCUGUGUCAUCGGAGUGAACAGGGAGCAGAUCAUCCUGGUGGACAGGGAGACUCAGGAGAUCCACUUUGUCCUCCCACUGAAGGAGAUGCAAAGGAUGAGAACCUUGAGGCCCAUGGAUGACUCCGGGCCACCUGGUCUGGAAGUGAAUUACGGCACUGCUGAGGAUCCCAAAACCAUCUGGUUUGAACUGCAAAAGGCUAAAGAAAUGUAUCAUACGAUCUCCAUCAUCUUGGAUGAGGGAGAAUUUCAGCUUUAGAGAUGCAUGCCAGCCCUCUCUUUGCUUCAGCUCUGGACACCACAUUAGCACUCCUGGCAUGAGCUCUGACAGUGUUCAGAGGUGCCCUCCCUUCCCUGCUGCCCAGGAUUGUCACCACAUCUAAGUUCCAUCUUCUAUCCUGCCUCACUACAACUCUGAACAGCCUCCCCUCGUGCACCCUACCAUCUCUUCGGACCACAGAGAUGUCAGCUGCCUUCACUGUCCGCUGGAGUUGUAGAGGUGCCCCACCCAGUAAGCCUGGCUUCCAGGAAGCAGAACAAGAUUGGCUUUUUUCCACAGGCUCUGAGCCCCACUCCUAGAACAGCCAAGCAGGUGAAAGUAAGGAAGGGAAAGGCCAGUGACUUCAGGAAACAGCAGGGGGUUGCCUGGGGUGGCAUCCCUCCCAUGCCAAUUAAUCUCUCAAAUAGUAACAGCAGCAGAGACUGGUGCUUUUCAGAGACUUUGCAUCCCAAGGAGAAACCAGGGCUCAGAUAUGACUGCAUUUGUCAGGGGUGAAGUGCCUGAGACCAGCUCCUACUCCACCCUGAAGUGCAAGAACUGCCCUGGCCCAGAUUCCUACCAACAGAAACCUGCCUGAAAGCAUCCCCGUAACUCACAGGACAGAUCAGCAUUAAUACACAAUCAUGACACCUGCCAAGGCAGAGGUUGGGUUGCAUUGGUAAGAAAGUUUACUGCUAAAUUGGUUUACUAUUAACUGUACAGUAUAUGCUGCUUUUUCUUUCUAACAUAGCCCUCACUUAGAAUUGAGAUACAACAUCUGUGGAUACCUGACUGAGUUCUUAGCCUAUCUCCCCACUGGAAUAUUAUGGAUUGGAGGAAAGAAAUGCAAGGUCCUUAAUUUAUUUUUAUUAUUUUGGAUUCCCAGUUGGACUGAUGAGGUUUAUGCUUCUGCAGAAGCAAAAUUAAAUUUUUUUUUAGCUGCUAAA